AUGGUUUAUUAUUCAUCGAAAACUCUCGUCUGUAGGUUGUUUUUGGCAGUGGCUGCCAUUUUUGUGUUCACUAGUAGUAUCCACCCAAUCGAAGGAAAGAUAUGUGGCCCAAAACUAGCCCAAACGCUAUCUUUAGUUUGCGAGCUAUAUCCCACUCCAUCUCCGGUGAACAAACGGGCCAAAGAUUCCCACAUGAAUGGAUACAGUGCACUUGAUGUCAAAGAUUGGUCUAAUGCGGUGGAACAACUGGAAGACUUGUCCUACGCGAGGAAAUACAUAAACAUACCAAACUGGAUAAAAGCCUUAUAUUCGAAGGAUGCUACCAACAAUGUGAUGAUUGAAGACGAAAUCAACGAGUUCAUUCCGGACGGUUUUCGACAGGGAAAACGUGGUAUCGUAGAAGAAUGUUGCCAUAAUCAUUGUACCCUAGAGCAUCUGAUUAAAUACUACUGCGCUAAACCCUCCACCAACUGA